ACUCGCUGGUUUGUGACCAAAAUAGGCAGUGUCUGUGCCAGGGAGGGAAAGCUGACAAGCACGCUCACUGCGCACAAAUAUUAAAAACAUACAUGGACAAAUUAAAAUUACUUUGAAAGGGACAUUAGCGCUGCAUGUCGCUUUACCACUAGGAGGGGCUCCAAACAGUAAGCUGGGCAAAUGUGAAACUGCGGGUCAGCUGAAUAUCUGGCUGGAACAAGUUUCCUGUGAGGCGACCCAUAGUUUUCCUCACAACGCUGGCGAUGGUGGAUGAAUGGAAGCAGGAAGCUCUGCUAAGGUGCCGCAUCGCCGCUGACGGGGGCAUUUCCGAGCGCCUGAGGAUCAUCCCAGCAGCCAGCGUCUGUCUGAGCAGGAGGUCUCCGGGAGGCGGCCCGCUGGCAGGUUAAAAGAUGAGGCGGUCAUCAAGUUUCUUGGAAAUUGCUGCUUUGUUUGUGAUUUCUGCCUUGUGCUUGUUCAUCAUUUUCAAAAAAGAUUUGUUGCCUCAUGACACACUUAAAUUCUCAACCAAUGAACAGCCACCUCAGAAUCACAUCCCCAUGCCUGCCCGUAAGUUCAGUUAUCAUUGGGAACCAUGUACCCGGAAUGACUCCGCUCACAGCAUUCCAGGAUUUUCUACUCUCCCAGGUCACAUUCAGAACUUCCUCUAUUAUCGUCACUGUCGGCAUUUUCCGAUGCUGCUGGACGUGCCUCACCUCUGUGGAGCUACACCAGAGGAGUCUGCCAACGUCUUUUUGCUGUUAGUGAUAAAGAGUUCUCCCUUGAACUACGAUCGACGUGAAGUGCUGAGGAAAACUUGGGCAAAAGAGCGUCUGCAGGAUGGAGUGUGGAUCCGGCGGGUGUUCCUCUCGGGGGUCUUCGGCAGUGGCGAGGAGCAGCGUAAACUGAACAAGCUGUUGUGGCUGGAGCACCAGGAGAACAAUGACAUUCUGCAGUGGGACUUUAACGACUCCUUCUUCAACCUGACCCUGAAGCAGGUCCUCUUUUUAGAGUGGAUGAUGAGGAACUGUCCUCAGGUCCACUUCCUGCUAAAUGGAGACGACGACAUCUUUGCAAACACAGACAAUAUGGUGGAAUAUCUUCAGAACCUGAAGGAUAACGAUGGGAACAAACACCUUUUCACUGGUCACCUCAUUCACUACGUCGGGCCCAUCAGAGAACCUGGAAGCAAGUACUACGUUCCUGUCCAAGUUCAGGAGUCCAAUUCAUACCCACCGUACUGUGGUGGUGGAGGGUUCCUCCUGUCUGGUUUCACCGCUACAGUUAUAUACAACAUGUCUCACAGUAUCGACCUUUUGCCAAUUGACGAUGUGUAUAUGGGAAUGUGUCUGGAAAAGGCUGGGUUGGAGCCGGUGUCUCACUUUGGGGUUAGGACAGCGGGGUUACACGUCCCAUCGCUAAAGGCCGAUAAACUUGACCCCUGUUAUUAUCGAGAGAUCAUGCUGGUGCACAGAUUCUUGCCGCAUCAGAUUUUCACCAUGUGGCACGAGAUCCACGACCCAAAGCUUAAAUGUGGCAAAUCCCACAAUGUCAUCUGACUGCUGCUCAGGACCAUUUGUCAUUUGUUAAAUAUGAUUUCUGUAGUUUUUUAGGUACUUUGUAUGGGAUAUUGGUUUUGUAUUGUCUGUUUUUUCCUGUGAUUUUUCUAUAUUAAAUAAAUAAUGUAUUGAAAUUUGGUUAACUUAAGAA